CUCAUUUUAACCAUAGUACCAAAACAACAACAAAAAGUUGAAAAUUUUGUCAAUAUUCCCCCCACUUCAUCUUUUAUAACCUCAUUUCUUCGAAAGAGAAAAAUAAAAGAGAAAAUGGAAGCCGAAGGUUCAUUAUUUGAGACGAGUGAAAUGGCAGCAAACUUCUUGGCAUCAACAAAUCUAUUACUUGACUCAUGGAGAUUAUGCAACCUUGCAAACUCGUCUGCUUCAGAGUCAGCCUUUGUUAUCCAACAAAACGGGCCGACCGGGGUUGUCGCCUUCUCGGGUAUGCAUGAUCUUGUGUUCGGGUCGGGUUCAUACGUGAAGGACAUGGUUGCCUUACAAGAAGGUGAGGGGAAUGGACUUUUUUCCGGGCUCGGUCGCCACGUGGAUGAUAGUGAGGAGCCUGUUAUGGUUCAUGUUGGACUUUUGCAGUUGUUCUUGGGCAUGUAUGGUUGUCCUAGUUUCCAAGCUCAGAUGAAAACAUUACUAGAGGAAAGCAAGUCAAUAAUAAUCACAGGACAUUCCAUAGGAGGAGCAAUAGCCUCACUAACAACAUUAUGGCUACUCUCCUACAUCCAAACCAUCCCUUCACCACCACAAAUCCUCUGCAUCACAUUUGGAUCACCUCUCCUAGCCAACAAAUCCCUCUCGAAAUCACUCCUUCGACAAAGAUGGACAGGAAACUUCUGCCAUAUUGUACUUAAACACGAUAUAAUCCCUCGACUUCUCUUUGCACCUUUAUUCCCCAUUAACACCCAACUCCAUUGCUUACUUCAGUAUAUUCAGUCAUCACUAUAUUCUCAACAUACACCGAUGACUGUAACUGAUGAAAUGAAGGAUCAGUUAUUUCAGUUUGUACUGACUUAUACAGAGGCAGUUGCAAAAGAAUCAGCAGAAAAUGUGGAGACUGUUGCAGGGUUGUUGUACUGGCCGUUUGGGAAUUAUUUGUUCUGCUCAGAAGAAGGUGGUGUUUGUGUUGAUAACACGGUUGCUGUUGUUAAGUUGCUGUAUUUGAUGCUUGUUACAGGGAACUCAGGGUCGUGUUUUGAGGAUCAUUUGAAGUAUGGUAGCUGUGUUGAGAGAAUGUCUUUUCAGUUUCUGAUGAGGAAAGGGUUUCUGCAAGGAGAUGUUCCUAUGUCGAGUUAUGAUGCAGGGUUGAAAUUAGCAGUGGAAUCAUCAGGAUUAGCAAGUCAGGAAUCAAUUUCUAGACAAGCUAAAGAAAGCUUAAAAAUGGCAAAACAAGUAGGUUUAACUCCUAAUCUCUGCAGUGCAAGACUAGCUAUAGCUCUAGCCAAAAUAACCCCACACAGAGCACAGAUAGAGUGGUAUAAAACAUCCUGUGAUGAAUCAGACAAUCAAAUGGGAUACUACGACUCUUUCAAACGAAGACAAGCAUCGAAAAGAGACAAUCAAGUCAAUUUAUUCAGAAUCAAACUAGCAAGUUUUUGGGAUAAUGUAAUCAGUAAGAUUGAUAACAAUGAACUUCCUCAUGAUUUCCACAAACGGCGAAAGUGGGUGAAUGCUGCUCACUUUUAUCAGCUUUUAGUUGAGCCUUUAGAUAUUGCAGAGUAUUACAGAAGUGGUGAGCAUUUAAAGAAAGGAGAUUAUAUAAGAAAUGGGCGAGAGAGAAGGCACGAGGUUUUUGAUAAAUGGUGGAAGGAAAGGGAGAGGGAUAAUGUUGUUGUUGUUGAAGAAGAGAGUAAGAGGAGCAAGUACGCGAGUUUAACACAAGAUUCGUGUUUUUGGGGACACGUGGAAGAAGCUAAGGAGUUGGUUGAGAAGGUUAGAAGAGAGAGGAAUUCGAGCAAUGUGGUUCAGUUAUGGCAGGGUAUUGAUGAAUUUGAGCGAUAUGCAAGAAAGUUGAUAGAUAGCAUGGAGGUUUCGUCAGAUGUUCUGGUAAAGAAUUCGAGUUACAACAUGUUGGUAGAGGAGGUUAGUGAAUUGAGAUUACAGAUGAUGCAACUUCCUCAGUUGCAAAAUUUUGUAGAUGUUGAAAUGGUUCCUAGGCAGAGCUGAACAAAUAUGGUCUGGUUCAGAUUUCAGCUCAUUUCAGACCAUUUUCUGGUCUGUGGCCUAGUCUGAGUGGCCAUUUUUCUGACCAUUUUGGUCCUAGGCUGCACGGCCUGACAGACUUUUUCUAGUCUGGCCCGGGGCCGGCCUGAACCAUGAUCAGUUUCACUAUUAGUCUGAUGUAUACACAACUAUAUAGAAAGCAAAAGCAAUCCCUAUUUUUA